GGCGGAGCAGGCGCUGUCCCGGCUCUUGAGCGGGCUAGCUGCUGAGGAGGUGGUGCGGCGGGCCCGGGAGGCCGAGGUUCGGGCGGGGCGGCGGGAGAGGCUGGCAGGCGGCGCCGGCAGCGUGGGGAGAGCGGCGCCGCGGGCUGGGCGCUCCCGGCGAGAGGAGUCCGCUCCAUGCGUGCGGGCCGAGGCCGGCCCCUGCGAGCCGCAGACAUGAAGAAAGACGUGCGGAUCCUUCUGGUGGGAGAACCUAGAGUUGGGAAGACAUCACUGAUUAUGUCUCUGGUCAGUGAAGAAUUCCCAGAAGAGGUUCCUCCCCGGGCAGAAGAAAUCACCAUUCCAGCUGAUGUCACCCCUGAGAGAGUUCCAACGCACAUUGUAGAUUACUCAGAAGCAGAACAGAGUGAUGAACAACUUCAUCAAGAAAUAUCACAGGCGAAUGUUAUCUGCAUAGUUUAUGCUGUUAACAACAAGCAUUCUAUUGAUAAGGUAACAAGUCGAUGGAUUCCUCUCAUAAAUGAAAGAACAGACAAAGACAGCAGGCUGCCUUUGAUAUUGGUUGGGAACAAAUCUGAUCUGGUGGAAUACAGUAGUAUGGAGACCAUCCUUCCUAUUAUGAACCAGUACACAGAAAUAGAAACCUGUGUGGAGUGUUCAGCAAAAAAUCUGAAGAACAUAUCAGAGCUCUUCUAUUAUGCACAGAAAGCUGUUCUUCAUCCUACAGGGCCCCUGUACUGCCCAGAGGAGAAAGAGAUGAAACCAGCCUGUAUAAAAGCCCUUACUCGUAUAUUUAAAAUAUCUGAUCAAGAUAAUGAUGGUACUCUCAAUGAUGCUGAACUCAACUUCUUUCAGAGAAUUUGUUUCAACACUCCGUUAGCUCCUCAAGCUCUGGAAGAUGUCAAAAAUGUAGUCAGAAAACAUAUAAGUGAUGGUGUGGCUGACAGUGGAUUGACACUGAAAGGUUUUCUUUUUUUACACACACUUUUUAUUCAGAGAGGGAGACAUGAAACUACUUGGACUGUGCUUCGACGAUUUGGUUAUGAUGACGAUCUGGAUUUGACACCUGAAUAUUUAUUUCCCUUGCUAAAAAUACCUCCUGAUUGCACUACUGAAUUAAAUCAUCAUGCAUAUUUGUUUCUCCAAAGUACUUUUGACAAGCAUGAUUUGGAUAGAGACUGUGCUUUGUCACCUGAUGAGCUUAAAGACUUGUUUAAAGUUUUCCCUUACAUACCUUGGGGGCCAGAUGUGAAUAACACAGUUUGUACGAAUGAAAAAGGCUGGAUAACCUACCAGGGAUUCCUUUCCCAGUGGACGCUCACGACCUAUUUAGAUGUGCAGCGGUGCCUGGAGUAUUUGGGUUAUCUAGGCUAUUCAAUAUUGACUGAGCAAGAGUCUCAAGCUUCAGCCAUCACAGUAACAAGAGAUAAAAAGAUAGACCUUCAGAAAAAACAGACUCAAAGAAAUGUGUUCAGAUGUAAUGUAAUUGGGAUGAAAAACUGUGGGAAAAGUGGAGUUCUUCAGGCUCUUCUUGGAAGAAACUUAAUGAGGCAGAAGAAAAUUCGUGAUGACCAUAAAUCAUACUAUGCGAUUAACACUGUUUAUGUAUAUGGACAAGAGAAAUACUUGUUGUUGCAUGAUAUCUCAGAAUCGGAAUUUCUAACUGAGGCUGAGAUCCUUUGUGAUGUUGUGUGCCUGGUAUAUGAUGUCAGUAACCCUAAAUCCUUUGAAUACUGUGCCAGGAUUUUUAAGCAACACUUUAUGGACAGCAGAAUACCUUGCUUAAUCGUAGCUGCAAAGUCAGACCUGCAUGAAGUCAAACAAGAAUAUAGCAUUUCACCUACUGAUUUCUGCAGGAAACACAAAAUGCCUCCACCACAAGCCUUCACUUGCAAUACUGCUGAUGCACCCAGUAAAGAUAUCUUUGUUAAAUUGACAACAAUGGCCAUGUACCCAGAGGAUCAUUACAGAGACAGACUCUCCCGAGACAUGGGCAACACUGAUAGAAUAGAGAAUUUGAGAAAAAUCUGGGUCUUUCUAAAAACUGCUUUCCAUGCCCGGUUACGCUGUAUGUGCACCUGCAACAGGUGUACAUUUUGCAUCUGUCAGAACUUCCUCAACUCAGACUUGCUGCAAUCUGUAAAGAACAAAAUCUUCACUGCAGUUCUUAACAGGCACGUGACACAAGCUGACCUCAAGAGCUCCACGUUUUGGCUUCGAGCAAGUUUUGGUGCUACUGUUUUUGCAGUUUUGGGCUUUGCUAUGUACAAAGCAUUAUUGAAACAGCGAUGAUUUAAAAAAAAAAAUACUGGCCCUACCAAAAACAAAUACUUUUAUGUACAUUCUGAAUGCUUUAAAUUCCGCUAGAAAUAUUGAGAUAUUUAUACAUGCAGAGUUACUUUGUUAAUAUUUGUAAUUCAUGCAUAAGAGUAUUUUAAUGAUAGUUAUAACUGCAGUAUUGGCUAGCAUAUGGAAGGAAACAGCUUAACAGCCAAACUAAAAUGGCUAACUUUCAGAGGCCAAAAGGGAAUAUUUUGUAAAUAAUGUACAUAUUCAGGCAAGAUAUGGUCUCCCAGACUGAGUUCAAGAAAUGAUGUUUCUAGACGUUUCUACAUGGUAUUAUUAGUGCUCAGUUGGCUCACUCUCCUAGGUUUAAGUCAGCUCAGAGACUUUAUUUACUCAUUGAUCACUUAUUUAUUUCACAUUUACUCAGAAUGAUCUUUGGGUACUUUAAGUACACGAGGCACAAUUUGCCUUUAUCUCUCCGUUUUUAAAAACGUGACUUUCUUUCAGUCCCAUCCUUCAUGGUAGGCCAGCCUUGAAGCCAUCGUGCAGUCUAGAAAAUUGUAUAGCUGAGUGUGAUGCUCUCCUUUAAGGAAGGAGUAAGCUCCAGGCGAUUAGCAAAGGCGUCACCUGUGUGAUUAUUUUGUUUCCUUUGUCAGUAUGUUGAAUUUUAUAGCUCUUUCAAUCAAAUGAGAAAAAAGAUUUGUAUAUUAUUAAUGUUUUUAGUUUAAAUAAACAGUCACCAUUACUACUAUUGAGUUUCCUCCCAAAGUGUAAAUCAUUCUAUAAUGGCUGUGUCUAUUAUAGUAUAUUACAGUAGCUGCAUGUGUCAUGAAAUGUUCUAUAUCUGGCUAGGAUAACCUAGAAGCAGCACUUUUUUAAAUGGUGAAAUAAAUCUAAUGAAUAAAACUCUCAUUAUGAACCUAUUUUUUCCAUCAUUGACCUUUUCAAGUAUUUAAAUAAAUAAGCACUGU